CGCCUGCCUUUAGGCGUAAUACACCUCGCUGACUGAAGCUGAAGCUGGGACUAGCUUACAAUCUACCUGAAUACUCAUCGACAUCGCUCCUCCUUGUUUCUUCUGUUAUUCCUCCUCCAAUGACCUCGGAACGCCGUGAAGCCCCCGGCCAGACGCCGGACAAUGCCACUGCGGCGGCGCGCGCUCGAGACUUCUUCUCCGUCCCUGCACCAGUCAAGCGCAUCUUCGACAAAUUCCCUCUUGUCACUUAUCCUGCCAAUGAUCUUCCGUACUGCUCUUGGUCCAAUCGACAGGGAAAUCGGUUGUUUGUUUUCACAGAUGCCGCCGGCGCUAGGCAUGGGAGGCCGUCUUUCAACCCUCAAUGCCUCAAGUGGCAGGCAUAUCUGCGGUUCGCCGGCAUUGAAUUCGACAUCGUCCCAUCCAGCAACCAUGCAUCGCCCACCGGCGCCCUUCCUUUCCUCCUCCCCGCCCUGCCCGUCGGCAACAACGCCCCGAUCCCUUCCAGCAAGCUCCAAAAAUGGGCCAUUGAGCAAGUGCACUGUGAGGAGGAGCAACAACUAAACACGCGCUUCGAAGUAUAUGCAUCGUUGCUGGACCACCGGAUACGAAAUGCCUGGCUGUAUGCCCUGUACGUUGACAGCGAAAACUUCGACGCCGUUGCGCGACGUCUUUAUGUCGACGCGAGCACCACGAACCCCGCCGUCCGGGCCGCUUUGGCGUUGCAGCUGCAGCAGGCGGCGCGCGCCGAGCUCCUGAAGACAUCGACCUAUAUCGACGCCGGCGCGCUCGAAGCGGAAGCGGGCGAGGCAUUCGAGGCCCUGUCGACGCUCCUCGGGGACAGCGUGCACUUCUUCGACCGGCCCAAUCCGGGCCUAUUCGACGCCAGCGUCUUCGCAUACACGCACCUGAUCCUGGACGAGAAGAUGGGCUGGAAGCGCGACCGGCUGGGACAGCUGCUGCGACGCCAUGAGAACCUUGUACAACACCGCGAAAGACUGUUGAAGUUCUUCUAGAGCU